GGGAAACAAUGCUAUAUGGAAUGAUUACUCACUAUUUAUUGUAAAAACAAUGAUGUUACAGGAGCUUUCGAAGCGUCUUGGGAAGUUAAUCCAAGGAGAAAUGGACCAGUACAAUAGAGGAGUCAUAUUCACUCCAGCUUAUGUUGCGCGACACAAGGCCAGAAUUCGUGGGCUGUUCAGCUCCGUCACAAGACCCACUCUUGUGAGCAGCAUGAUUGGAACGUUUGGAUUUAAAGAGCAUCUUCUUUACUCUGUUCUGGAGGAGUUGGUGGACACGGGGCGUCUAAAAGGCAGCGUAAUCGGCGGGCGCCAGAACAAAGCGCUUUAUAUUCCCGAUAUUUACUCCAAAACGCAGAAUGCUUGGGUUGACUCUUUCCUCAAACAGAAUGGAUAUUUAGGUAAGUCGUUGUUCACUGUUUAUUUUGCUGUAUAUCUUAUUGAUUUUACUCCAUUUAGACCAUUGAUUCCCAACCUCCAAGAAGAUUGUUAUAUUUUGUUACAUACAUUUUUUGUUCAAUUUUUGUUUGGUGGUGUGCCGUUCCCUAAUGAUGUAUAUGUGCCGGGUUUCCAGGGCAAAAAUGGUCCUCACGGGCCCCCAGGUGUCGUUGGACCUCAGGGUAAAUCUGGAGAGACAGGGCCAACUGGAGACAGAGGCCAUCCAGGUUCACCGGGACCACCCGGUGAGCACGGUUUACCAGGAUCGGCUGGAAAGGAGGGCGCCAAGUGUAUGUCUUUGCUCCUCUUUUUGACCGUGUAGCCAAUCCUACCGAGCUGCCUGUCGAUUGAGGAUGUCGGGAUUUUGAUCAACCAGGGCAUGAGGAACACUAACAUCGAGUCGUCUGCCAGACUGCUGGGUGACACCGUGGUUGUCAGUGAGAAAUUUAUCACCAACUGCCUCUCCUUAUUCGAUGACGCCAUGCUGCAGAAAGCCCAGAAGGAAGUGAAGUCCAACCCAGUGUUUCUGAUCAAUGAAGAGGAUUUGAAGCAGGCUUCGAUGCUGGCCGAGAGUACAGGCCCUUCGAGAAAGGAGAAGAAAGAAGCCGAGCGCAAAAAGAAGGCUUCAGAGGGCAGCGGCAGCGUAAAAGGCGGUGGAGGAGGCAACGCCAGAGAGAUCCGGAUUCGUAAAACGAAGAAAAAAGGCAAGAAAGACGAGGACAGCGACGAGGACAUCGGACCUGCGCAGCAAAAACGCAGCAAACCCAAAGAAGCCACUUUUAUGACCCAGGAGGAGAUCAUGACAGUUUUAGAGGAGAGAGUGAACGACUGCCCCGAUGAAGUCCUUUCAGAGUUGGCUGAUCACUUAAUGAGGCCUCUGACCAAAUCUUAUCAGGAGGUGCUGCGCACCACGUUCAUGUCCUCCACCAGCUGUCCAUCAAGUGCCGAUAAGAAGAAGAGCAGGAAAGAUUUACAGGAGGAGAUCAGCACACUCUACAACAAUAUCCGUCUCUUUGAAAAGGGCGCCAAACUCUUCUCUGGUAAAUCCUGUUUGUUUAUAUAUCAGGGCCUUUAAAAGUGUCAUUUGAUA